UGCUACUUCCGGGUCAGACAUCAUAUUUUCAUGCAGAAAAGCAGCAAGGAAAGGACAUCGGCACUGCAAAAUGCAGGUAUGACACAUGAUAUAAUGACAAUGAGCAUCACAGAAAGAUGCAGGAAGAAGUGUUCACAGUCAUCCUUCACUGUUGAAGUCGAUAUCCUCUAACACAGCAAGAUGGAACAAUCACCAGUAGUGUUACCAAUCAAAAAGGAACCACUGGACUCAACAUGUAGCUAUAACGGCAACGAUUCCCUGGAUAUAGCCAAACAGGAGAUUGCAGGAAGUAGUGAACACAAUGAGUCUAGUGAACCUCCCCUUGAAGACGCUGGGGACGAAUAUCCGACACACUGGCAAGCUGCGGAGGGAUCGGUGAGCGUUGGACAUGCCUCGCGGAUCAAGCUACCGUUACGAGGGCGACUGUACGUCUGUAGUGAAUGCGAGUACCAGGCCAGCCGAGCCGACGUGAUCAAACACCAGCGUCUCCACACGAGGGCGCGCCCGUACGUCUGCCUGCUCUGCAACUUCGCGGGAACGCAGAACUCGCACCUCCGCUCGCACUUCAAGCGGCACCACUCGGCGCCAUUGGACGAAGAUAACCACAUGGUCAUCCCGCAGAGUCACUUCAUCUGCCAGGAAUGCCAGAUCAUAUUUCCGACACAAGAAAAAUUGCAGACGCACUUACACAACUCCCACACAAAUGAAGAACAAGCUCCAGCAAAUAAUGAAGACGGAGGGAACACAGAGAAUACACAGAUAGACUCCCUGCAGAAGACCCAUGUUGGACAGCCAAAUGGAGCACUGGAGUCAGCGAAUGAUCUUCACAACGUGCUAUGCAGAGACAACGAACAAAGAAGUCCUCCAAUAUCUGACAGUUGUACCUCUUCUAAACACAAGACUAUUUCUAGCUCUAAUACUGUACCUCCCACUGUGCAAAAAAUUAGCACGUGCAGUGCACACAUUAUUCAAAAUCAAAUGUUGGAAAAUGGCAUUAACAGGUCUAAUGUUAGUCAUGACGGUUUCCAUUCACAGCCUGCCUUCACCGGUAAUCAAGAAAGACAAAGUUCUCUCAGUUCCAAAGAAAGUGUAGCAAAUACUCAGUAUAGUUUCACACAAAGCAACUCCUUUGAAAACAAAGAAAGUGGAACUAGUGAGGAGAACCCUAUCAAACACAAUGUUACUCAACAGUAUGCUGUAGUAGGCACUAACAACAGUAGUGAGUACAAGUCAUUUGCAUAUGCAAAUGAGGAUCAUGUCCCUCCAAGCUCUACCUGUAACGAAGGGUUAGCAACAACAGUAGGCAGUGGUAGUGCUACCAGGGCGAAGAAAACCUUUACGUGUUCGGAGUGCGGUUACAAAGGAGGAAAGAAGGAUGUAGAGAAACACUUAACGGUGCACACAGGGUUUCGACCGUAUGUCUGCCUGCAAUGUGGCCACACAACGGCACAGAAUAACCACAUGAGAAAACACUUCCAGCGUAUUCACCCAGGGCUAGAAGCAGAGUUUGAUGUCAGGACGGAUGAGUUCUACAUUUGCAGCUCGUGUUUGUACUUCUUUUUAUCGCGGGAACGUUUUAACAAUCAUUUUAAUGAGGGGCCGUGUGCAUGGCCUGGCGAAGCAUCAAGUAGCGACGCGAUUCCCCCGAAUCAUGUAAUGCUCCCAAAUCUAACACUUUUUCCAUCCCAGGCUAUGGCUGUAAGUACGAAUGAUUAUGAGAAUGGACAUGACUUUCAAAUUCGUGAGACGAGCUACAACGCAAUGGAAGAGGGACAUCAUCUGACGCAAAGAAACAGGCAGAGAAAGAACGCUGAUCCAAAGUGUGCUAAGACCAACGGUACUAUCAACAUACCUCAAGAUGUGCAACCAGAUGUGAUCAAUCAGUUCAGACGCAGUAUUAACGUUGAAAACAAUUACGAAGAACUCAGGUCUGAAGAAGCGAUGUCAUGGUCGACUGAACUAUCCACUCACGAGCCAACCGUAACUUCUGUUAGCGAUGUCAACCAGCAUAAUCAUGUGACUGUGCCUGCCUUCUCUGAGAGAAGAAGUAUGUUGAACAGAACACACUUCAGCCAGGAGAAAGAUCUGUAUAAUUCUAGAAAAAGAACUUCCAAGGUCUUACAGAAGUGUGGAAUGACAUCAGAAUCAUUCAGGACUUCCACCUCUCAUCAGAAUGGAGGGGCGACUUUUUCACGGGAGGGCACGACUCAAAAUCCAGUGAUGCCAGGAUUUUCAGGGGAGAAGACAACACAUGCUAUAAUGGACAAGGCAGGUGCAAUAAGUUCACAAACAGUGGGGAAUGCUGCAGCAGUUACAUUACAGUCAUCAUCAUCAGGGUGUUUAUCACAGAAUUGUGGCAAGGACCUUCACAGUGCAGAUGCUGAUGGUCCAUCCAGUGUGCCUAGGAAUAUCAGAAAAGCAGCUAGGAGGUCAUUACAGAAAUACACCCAGGCCCAGAAGAGACAGAGGAAGACAUCUCACCAUGAAGCACCGUGCAGCAGUAGGGGAAAACCACUCAGGCCUUUUGUGUGGCACUUCCAAGGCCGGUCCUACAUUACAUACGAGAUCGCUGGGAAAACUUCAAGAUCUUUGCCCAAAGAUGACCGCCAGAUGGCGUGCAACUUCUGCCCAUACAAGACCAGCAAGAAGGAGCUUUUACGUCUCCACAUGAGGAGACACCUCUGGAUGUCCUGAUGAACUUUGACUUGAAAUAGCAACACACAUGAUGAAAUACAUUUUACUCCUUCCAGUCAAGUGCAAUGGUUAAUGAGAUACAUACAGCUCAAAGAAGCUCUACUUUAAAGUUUAAAUUAAAGUAAAGCUUCUUUGAGCUGUAUAUAUCUCAAGUUUUAGCAUCUUUUUCUGUACUAGAAUUUAACACAAAAAGAUGCUAAAACUUGCAGACUUCAAUUAUUGAUUGAAAAUGGUUGAUAGACACAAUACCAUAAAACGGUUCCAAAUAUUGUUUAUGCAAUCAUAAUUCAAAAGCUGUGUUUUAGAUUUUAUGCCAUUCAAGUUUCCCUGAGAUUUAUGAAUUAUGAUAGGGUAAUGCAUAUUUACCCUCACAUAUCAAGUGCCAUUAGCAUUUACAUGGCUUUUGACACAUUACAAUAUUUAAGAUUAAGAUUGAAUGACAUGUAUACGUAUGUGGCAUGUAUUUCAAUUUUCUCAGGAAAUCUUAUUUGUAGGUGUGCACUAUGGAAAAGGGUACAGAUGUUUUUUUUAUACCUUUAUGUUUAUAACUCCAAAAUAAAGGAAAAACAACAUCACAGUAAUAUUGGGUGAUCUGAUUUAUUAAUCUUUAUUGUAAUUUCACAUUUAUACGCUAAUAUAUGACAUUGUACCAGUAGUAUCAAAAUUGAUUAUGAAUUUCACUUUGUUCUGCUAGAAACACUAUUGACCAUGUAUAUGAAUGCAUCACUGUUAUAACAUGGGAUCUACAAUGUGCUUGUGUCACUUGGUAUGCAAAUUGUAAAAAUCCUUCUUUAGUGUUUUUAUUACAGUAUAUUGUACAGAACAACCAUAACAUUUUAUAAAUGUUUCCCUGAA